AUGCUGAACAAGGCAGCCGUGAUCGACGCCGGCAAGAACCAGCUCACGGGCCCAAUCCCUUCAUCAUUUUCCUGCCUUAGCAGAGUCGAGCAGCUCAACCUCGCCGGGAACUGCCUCUACGGACGUGUUCCUGACACUCUCUGCAGGCUUGCUGGGCAGGCUGGCCACCUGGGCAACCUCACGCUGCGUGGCAACUACUUCACCUCAGUCGGGCCGGCGUGCACAGCGCUAAUCAAAGACCACGUACUGGACGUGAACAACAACUGCAUUCCGGGCUUUGCAAACCAGAGGCGACCGGCGGAGUGCGUGGCGUUCCAGAGCCAGCCAAAGAAGUGCCCGGAGGUGAGCACUCAGGUGUCGUGGCCUGCUGCAGCUUCCACGAAUGCAGCGGCGCCGGUGGAGAGGAAGGCCAGAGACUACUACAGCUUCCUGACGUACGCUAGUCUGCGUGAGUGA